UCAAGCGCAAGAGAAACUUUGUACAAUUGAUGCAAGUCAGCUACGCGUGAAAUACACACCGUCUAAGUAAAGUUUAGAGGAUUACAAAAUAUCUAGUUAAUCUUGACCUGUUUUUUACAUGUGUCUUUCCUAAAUUAUUGGUAGUUUCACCAAACAAACUAUGGGCACAACCUUAACUACUGUUGGGCGCUUGUAUAUCUUGUAAAAGCGUGUAAAUCGGUGGACGAAGGGUAUUACGGAAAAGGUGCGCACUUGGGUACCGAAAUAAAAAGACCAAUACGCAACACAAUGCCAACAAUAAAGCAAGGAAAGCAGUCCAUUAAUUUUACGAUCAAUGGAACACCAUAUACGGUGUCGGGAGAUUUGCCGUCUAAUACGUCUCUCAAUACCUACAUUCGCGACCAUGCGAAACUCCGCGGCACGAAAGCUAUGUGUCACGAGGGUGGCUGCGGUGCCUGCAUUGUGGCCGCGGAAAUCAAAGGCGAGACAAUGGCCGUGAAUUCUUGUCUCGUGCCGAUACUGAUUUGCGACGGAUGGGCAAUUCGCACGAUCGAGGGUAUAGGAAACAAGAAAGACGGUUAUCAUUCGAUUCAAGCUACUCUCGCUGCAAAAAAUGGAUCGCAGUGCGGAUAUUGCUCUCCCGGCAUGGUAAUGAAUCUCUACAGCCUUCUGGAAAACAAGAAGCUGACUAUGCAGCAAAUAGAAAAUUCCUUUGGCAGUAACAUUUGUCGAUGCACGGGCUAUCGGCCAAUAUUGGAAGCAUUCAAAGGAUUCGCAAGUGACGCACCCGCGUCAAUGAAGAAAGAUAUUCGCGAUAUCGAGGAACUGUACAAGAUCUGUCCGAAAAAUGGAAAACCAUGUACACGCACUUGCACCGAUAAAAAAUUUUGGCAACAACAACAGCAAAAUGAAAACAAGACCGUGGAUAUAAAAUUAGAGGACGGAGAAUUUCAUAAAGUUCAUUCGAUCGAUGAAUUGUUCGCGAUAUUUGAACGUAAGCCGAGCGCUACGUAUAUAUUACACGGCGGCAACACGGCGCACGGUGUUUAUCGAACCGACAAAACCGAUCUUCGCAUCGAUAUAAACGACAUACCGGAUUUACGUCGCAUCGAGAAGACCGCGGAAUCCCUCACCCUGGGCGGGAACGUAACUCUGACCGUGGCGAUGGAGACCUUCCUCAAGUAUUCCGCCGACGCCGGGUUUCAGUACCUACACCAUCUGGCGCAUCACAUCGACCUAAUUGCCAGUGUGCCGGUGCGUAACAUCGGCAGCAUCGCCGGCAACCUGAUGAUCAAGCACGCGCACCGCGAGUUUCAGUCCGAUUUGUUUCUGAUGCUGGAAACUUCCGGCACUCGCGUGCACAUUCUCGAGGGACCGGGCCGCAAGCAGAACAUGAUGCUGCGGGAUUUCCUGAACAUCGACAUGCGCCACAAGAUUAUAUACAGCGUGGUGUUACCGGCGUUAUCUGCGGAAUACGAGUACAGAUCCUACAAGAUCAUGCCCCGAGCUCAGAACGCCCACGCCCACGUCAACGCCGGUUUUCUCUUCAAACUCGACGGAGGUGGCAAGGUGCUGGAGAAGCCCAACAUCAUCUUCGGGGCCAUUAACGAGCACUUCCUGCACGCGAUCAAGACCGAGGAGAUGCUGACGGGUAAAUCGAUUCUCGACAAGCAGGUGUUGAAAUCCGCUAUGGAGACGUUGCACAACGAGUUGCAGCCCGACCACGUGCUGCCGGAUUAUUCGCCGGAAUUUCGCAGGACUCUCGCCGAAGGAUUGUUUUAUAAAUUCGUGCUCAGCAUCAAGCCUGAGAAUUUGAAUUCCAGACUUCGCAGCGGCGGCACUAUCUUGGAACGUGGUCUUUCCUCAGGUACGCAGGAAUACGAUACGGACAAGAGCACGUGGCCGGUAAGCAAACCGUCGCCGAAACUGGAGGCGAUUAACCAGACAUCGGGCGAGGCUCAGUAUUGCAACGAUCUGCCACCGUAUCCCAGAGAAGUGUUUUGCGCCUUCGUUCUUACGGAAGUCGGCAACGGGAAGAUCGCGAGUAUAGACGCGAGCAAAGCGCUGGCUGAGAAGGGCGUGAUAGCAUUUUUCUCCGCCAAAGACGUGCCCGGAAAGAAUCUGUGCGUCGCGGCCGUACACAACCUGAUGAUAUUGCCGGAGAACGAGUUGCUGUUUGUCGAGGAAGACAUUAUAUACGCGGGCCAGCCGGUGGGCGUGAUCGUCGCCGAGACGCAAAUGUUGGCGAACGAAGCCGCGAAAUUGGUGGAGGUCAAGUACAAGGAGACACUGACGAGAAAACCGAUACUGUCUAUCGAGGACGUGCUCGCUACGCAGGAUCAGACUAGAUUUCUGCAGACUUACAAAAGCACAGCAGAGAAAAAAGGAGACAACGUCAAGCACGUGAUAAAGGACGUUUUUCGAAUCGGCAGCCAAUAUCACUACACCAUGGAGACUCAAUCCUGCGUCUGCGUUCCGGCGGAGGACGGCAUAGAUGUUUAUCCAACGACGCAGUGGAUAGAUCUCACCCAAGUAGCCAUUGCUGACGUUCUCAAUAUCAACAAUAACAACGUCAACGUGGUCGUGAGACGACUCGGCGGCGCAUACGGAUGUAAGAUCGUGCGGAACGUGCAAAUCGCCUGUUCCUGCGCGCUGGCGUGCCACAAGCUCAAUCGUCCGGCGCGAUUCGUUUUGACAAUCGAGAGCAACAUGCAAUCCCAAGGCAAAAGAUACUCCACCCGCCAAGAAUACGAAGUCGGUGUGGACGACGAUGGGGUCAUUCAGUAUCUCAACUCGGAUCACUGGGGCAACGGAGGUUGCAACUUCAAUGAAGCUCAUGGCUGGGUCACGGCGUCGCAUAUGCCAAGCUGUUACCAAAUCGACAAAUGGACUAUGAAUGCGUACGAAGUGCGAACCGAUUUACCGUCGAACACGUACUGCCGAGCGCCAGGAUCCACGGAAGGAGUGGCUAUGAUCGAGAACAUAAUGGAACAUAUCGCGAGAGUGACGAAGAAGGAUCCAAUCCAGGUCAGGCUGGCGAAUAUGACCAAAGAAGACAGAGAAAAGUUGGAACCGAUUAUCAAUGAUCUGAUAAAAUCGACCGACUACGACAUGCGAAAGCAGAACGUUGAUAUGUUCAACAAGGAAAAUCGCUGGAAGAAGCGGGGAAUCGCCUUAGUGCCGAUGAAGUAUCCAGUGAUGUACUUUGGACAAUUCAACGCUAUGGUGUCGAUCUGCGCGCGUGACGGUACGGUUUGCGUGUCGCACGGCGGUGUCGAAUGUGGCCAAGGUAUAAAUACCAAGAUCGCUCAAGUGGCAGCUCACACACUAGGAAUCGAUCUGAGCUUAGUUAACGUCAAACCGACUAACAACAUAAUAGCGCCCAACAAUGCAAUUACCGGAGGCAGCAUCGCCAGCGAAUCUUGCGCAUUGGCCACAAUUAAAGCUUGUCAAGAACUUUUGAAAAGACUUGAACCGAUAAAAAAAGAUUUGAAAGAUCCGAGCUGGAAGGAGCUUGUCAUGGCGGCGUAUUUGAAGGAUGUCGAGUUAUGCGCGCGUUACAUGUCUGCGCCGUCGAAGGAAGACGUGCUCAAGGCCUAUUCCAUUUAUGGUGUCACUAUCGCCGAGGUUGAGAUCGAUCUGUUGACCGGCCAGCACAUUAUCAGGAGAGUGGAUUUGGUGGAUGACGUCGGCAUUAGCUUGAACCCGGAGAUCGAUGUCGGUCAGGUGGAAGGAGCCUUCAUGAUGGGAAUAGGAUACUGGACUUCCGAGGAUCUGAUUUACGAUCCUAAAACAGGAGCGUUAACGAAUUACCGAACUUGGAAUUAUAAACCACCAGGAGCCAAGGAUAUUCCCGUCGAUUUCCGCGUGACUCUUCUCAAAAACUCGGCUAACAUAACCGGCGUCCUUCGUUCGAAGGCAUGCGGAGAACCGCCGCAAUGUAUGACCUGCGUAAUUCCGAUCGCGAUUCGCUACGCACUGAAUUCGGCCAGAGCGGAUGCUGGAAACACGGAUGCUUGGUACAGAAUGGACGCACCGUUAACCAACGAGCGUAUAAUUCUUCACAGUUUAACCAACAAGGACAACAUGACAUUGUGAGAAAAAAAAAACUGCAAACUUUGUUUGCGAAAGGAGUCUGAUAUAAAAAAAAAAAAAAAUCUACAACUCGUCAGCUUAAUCGUUUUUUUUUUUUUAAAUAAUAGUUUCUUAAUCAAUAUAGAUGUUUAGAUCGUGCAACUUACACUUUGCUUCGAACGCGUAACGUAAACAGAUAGUAUUCGAUUAUCGAAACGCGAUAAUGAGAUUCGAUAGUGAAAGUAAACUGGGGUGUGUCAGUAUUACGUGUAUAUAACAACUUUUGCUUUAUGAUAAAUAAUUUCAAUAAAUAUUCUCUAUUAAACGCCA